AACAAAAACAAACAACAACAAUAAUUAAAAUCUUAUCAAUUUUCCUAUUCAAUUAAACACGUAAUUGGUUUUCAUUGAGCGUUGAGUCAGCUUGUUGCCACAUCGAGUGUUAACCUUUAAAUUAAUUCAAACAGCAAAAAUGAGUGAUCAGAGUGGUAUGAGAGCCUUAAUUUUGGUCGGGGGCUACGGCACCAGGCUGAGGCCUUUAACUUUGAGCCGUCCAAAACCUUUAGUGGAAUUCGCAAAUAAACCUAUUUUGUUGCACCAAGUGGAAGCCCUAGUUAAAGUCGGUGUCACUGAAGUUAUCCUGGCGGUUUCCUAUCGUGCCGAGCAAAUGGAACAGGAACUAGCCGAUGAAGCUAAAAAAUUGGGCGUGAAAAUGGUGUUUUCGCAUGAAACUGAACCGCUAGGAACUGCUGGCCCUAUAGCUUUGGCUGGAGAACAUUUGAGAAAAAGCGACAAACCGUUUUUCGUGUUAAACUCUGACAUCAUUUGUGAUUUUCCUUUUAAAAAGUUGAUUGAAUUCCACAAAUCGCACGGCAAAGAAGGCACCAUUGUAGUGACAAAAGUUGAAGAACCUUCAAAAUACGGUGUGGUAGUUUACAAUGAGCAAAAGUGCAUUGAAAGCUUUGUAGAAAAACCUCAGGAAUUUAUUUCAAAUAAAAUCAAUGCGGGAUUGUAUGUUUUAAAUCCUAGUGUUAUUGAUAGAAUAGAACUUAAACCAACUUCAAUUGAAAAAGAAGUUUUUCCUAAUAUGGCAACUGACAAUCAAUUGUUUGCCUUCGAGCUGGAAGGAUUCUGGAUGGAUGUGGGACAACCAAAAGACUUUUUGAUUGGAAUGUGCUUGUAUCUUAAACAUUUGAGGAGUGCAGAUCCAGAGAAAUUGUACAGGGGACCAGGCGUAAUAGGUAAUGUCUUAGUAGACCCUACAGCAAAAAUAGGCAAAAGUUGCCAAAUAGGACCAAAUGUCACCAUCGGCCCAGGUGUAGUAAUCGAAGAUGGCGUGUGCAUCAAACGCACCACAAUCCUGAGAGACGCCACCAUCCGGUCAAACACUUGGCUGGAAAGUUGCAUUAUUGGCUGGAGAUGCACCGUGGGCCAAUGGGUACGCAUGGAAGGCAUUACAGUUUUAGGAGAGGAUGUUAUUGUCAAAGACGAAACUUAUAUUAAUGGGGGGCAGGUGUUGCCGCACAAGAAUAUUGGGGAUUCGGUGCGUACGCCACAAAUUAUUAUGUGAUUUGUGGCUAUUUCAUACAUUUAAUAUCCACUUUUGUGGCAUAUAUUUUUAUUUAUUUUUUUCCAGUUUAGUCUAAUGUUGUUAUAUUGUGUCAUGUAUAUAUACUUACUUUAGAGAUGGCUUAUACAAAAUUUUUACUAAAACCUUAUUCCAACUAAUAAUAGAGGUAAAAUUAGACUGAUAUUGUGUUUUAGUUGUGCUGGGAGUAAAAUUUUGGCUUCAGAAAUUUUCAACUUGAAAACUGAAUUUUACUCUAAGUAACUCUGUAUGAAAUAUAUGAAUGUUGUCAAGUAUGUAAGUGUAUUAGCUGAAAGCAGUUUUUUGUGCAAUUUGAUUAAUAAAAAUAAAAGUCGACCCAAUAUAAAACAAUCAUCUUUAAUUACUUACCACUUCAGAUUUCCAAGCUUGAUUCUUAGUGUAUUGUGCAUCAACUAGAUCAGGAUUCUCUCUUGACAGAAGAAUCAAUGGGUCACGUUCGGAGCAGGUUCUUGAACCUCUGAAAAAAACUUUGGGAAUUUUAUCUUCCCACUUGGUAGAGUUUCCCAGUUUUCCUAGUUUUUGUCUGUGAGUGUCCCAUCGGCCGAUACCUCUUGGAUACAGACUGAUGGCGGGCCCGCCUUCCCAAAAAGCCCAAGCUGGAUACAUUAUGUCAUUGUAUUCGUCUGUUUUGCUAAAGGAGAAUACUGGGCCGAAAAUUCCGUAUUUUUUUGGAAUUUGAGGCCAAUCUCUAGUGUUAAC